AAUGCUUCAAGGAAAUCCCGAAGAACUCAUCCAAGCGUCCAUAGAAUCAUUUGAGAUUCAGCCGGACUUGCAGACCCUCGACCGUAUUGACGAGAACAUUGUCAAGAUCCUUAACAAGCGGGCAGCACUCCUCAAACAAUACGGAGAUACUAAUGGCGACCUUCAGGAACAAAUCAGUAAGUUGCAAAUAGACGUGCAAGAAUUGGUGAGGACAAACAAUUAUCCACAAAUACACGAUGGGGCCAGUCCCGUCGACACCGAUGUGUUCACAUAUAUCAGCAGCAAGUUGGACGAGCUCAAAAACUUGAAAGUGUCGAUAUCCAAGAACUUGAGUGAUUUGAAUGUAUUAAUCAGCUCCAACAACCGGUCCAAGUUGAAAUUGACCGACAGUUUGACGACUUUGAACGACAACUACCACAGUUUGAUCAACAAGAAUCUUGGUUCCCAUAAGAACUCGAAUGUGAUGAAGAUCAACUUGUACAAGAGUCUUGGGUUGGUGAUAGAGAGUAAGGGAGAAGAGGACAAUAUUUUGGUGUACAAUGAGAAGGAGGGAACUAGUGGGUUCUUGAAGGUGGACGAGCAGUACUCGGAUUACUUUAUCGGCAAUUAUAUCUGGGACAAGUUAUAGGAGAGAGGAGAUAAACAUAUGAAAAGACAUAAAAGACGUGGAAACCCCUGAAAACUGACACCCAAACUGUACACUAUAACCAGGCUCCCGACGUAUCAUACGUCUUUCUUGUCGACAACUACAAAUGGUCCAUACUACUCAUGAUUUGAUGACUUCUAUUAUACAUAUUUACAAGAUUAAUGGUGCAUGGGGUUCUCUCUGAAAGACUUCUUGGUCCACUUGGGGACCUUAAACACCAACUUUCUAUAGUCCUUGGCCUUCUUGUCAAAGGUCGUAUACUUGUCCUUGGCAGACAUCUCGUUCUCUUUAGGAAAUUUAAACUUCAAGUAAUCGACUUUUCUGUAGCUGGUAAGCCCAUUAUGGUCUUUGGGUAAUGACUGGUAGAUGGCCUCGAUGUUUGCGUCCACCGUUUUCAUCCGCUGUCUCAAUCUGCUUUUCUGCGGACUGGACAAUCUGGGAGCAGACUUCCACAAGUAACCUCCGUGGUUCGUCAACGAAGCUCUGAAAGCACCAAACAUAC